UUUUCCUCCUCCUCCGUACAAAUAUUAUUAUUUAAAUUAAGAUGAGCUCCUAUUUUGUCAACUCACUCUUCUCCAAAUACAAAACCGGGGACUCGUUGCGUCCCAAUUACUAUGACUGCGGGUUCGCUCAGGAUCUUGGGGGCAGACCCACGGUGGUGUACGGACCCAGCACGGGGGGCACCUUCCAGCAUCCGACCCAAAUCCAGGAGUUCUACCACGGAGCAUCCUCACUCUCCAGCUCCCCUUACCAACAGAAUCCCUGCGCCGUGGCGUGCCAUGGGGACCCGAGCAACUUCUAUGGCUACGACCCUUUGCAAAGGCAGAGCCUCUUCAGCGCCCAGGAGUCGGACUUGGUGCAGUACACGGACUGCAAGCUUGCUGCCAGCGGCCUUGGAGAGGAGGCGGAGAGCUCGGAGCAGAGCCCUUCUCCGACCCAGCUUUUCCCCUGGAUGCGACCGCAAGCCGCUGGACGGAGGAGGGGGAGGCAAACCUACAGCCGCUACCAGACGCUGGAACUGGAGAAGGAAUUUCUAUUUAAUCCCUACCUGACCCGCAAACGGAGGAUCGAGGUCUCGCAUGCCCUGGGAUUGACAGAAAGGCAGGUCAAAAUCUGGUUCCAGAACAGGAGGAUGAAAUGGAAAAAGGAAAACAACAAAGACAAGUUUCCCAGCAGCAAAUGCGAGCAGGAAGAACUGGAAAAACAGAAAAUGGAAAGAGCCCAGGAGGUGGACGAGGAAGGGGAAGCACAGAAGGCGGACAAGAAAUAAAAAGGAGUUUUGAGGACUGAAAGGAGAGCGCUGCUGGGGUAGAAGAGCCCCC